AUGAUCCCCAAAACCAUGGUUUCCAACGAAGUCUACCUGCUGCCUCUCAACGACGAUGGGUCGCCCCAGGUGCCCGGCGAGUACAUCUACCUCGCUCCCAAAAGCCACGAUCCCAUCACCAUACGCUUCGCCAUCGAAGGCACGUCGAGCAUAUGUCGUCAUGGCAGCUUGUGGGUCAACAUUCCUGAGCGGGGUGCCCAAUUCCACCGUAAUAAAUUCCGCGAGUUCAAACUCGUUCCUGACUUCAAUCGCACGCUUGAGAUCUCCAUUCCCAUCUACGAAGCGGGCGCAUACGCUUUCUACACCACCUAUGCCGAGCUGCCAGAUCUAGCAAUCGACUUAGCCUCGUCAGACAGUGCGUCUGAGGCUGGAACCAAGAAAACACCAUGGUAUUACAUCGAUGUCGCACCUCGCCUCACGCUCGACGGCCAGUCGCUGCCGCUGCCGGCGUUAUCUGUCUUUUCCAUUAUCAGCAAGUUCAUGGGCAAGUACCCGCAGGAUUGGGAGCGCCACCUCCGGGGCAUCAGUGAUAGGGGUUAUAACAUGGUGCACUUCACACCUUUGCAGGUCAGGGGUGCUUCAAACUCUCCGUACAGCUUGUAUGACCAGCUGGGGUGGGACCCUCAGUGCUUCCCAGGAGGCGAGAAGGACGUCGAGAAACUGGUGGAAAGCUUGGAGAAGAACCACUCCCUGCUUAGCUUGACAGAUAUUGUGCUUAACCACACCGCCAACAAUACGGCCUGGCUACAAGAGCAUCCAGAAGCCGGCUACAACUUGACAACAGCUCCAUGGCUGGAAUCAGCUUAUUUGCUCGACACAAAGCUGCUCGAGUUUGGCUUUAAUCUGGAGCGGUUGGGGUUGCCUACAGAGCUCAAAUCGCUCGACGACCUCCUCAAGAUCAUGGAAGCCAUCAAAAAGCAAGUCAUCGCAGAGAUCCGCCUUUGGGAGUACUAUGUCAUUGAUGUAGACCGUGAUGCUGACGCGGCGAUUGAGUCUUGGGUUGUUGGCAAGAGCACUUUUCCUGAGGGUUCUCUUGGUCCAGGCGGGCCUGACACUCUUCAUUCCGCCUCUGUUGAGGAGCAGGCCAAAUGGUUGAUCAAGCACGGCUUGAGGGGGAUGGAUCGCCUUGGGGAGCGAUUCAGGAGAAGAGUUGACCCGAACGUCGCCGCUGCCCUCUUGUCUGCCCUCUUUGGCAGACACGAGGGCGGCGAUGGACAGUCUCCUGACCAAGCCGCAGCUCGUACCAAGAUGGCGCAGCUGCUCGAUAUCGUCAACGUGCCGUUCUAUGAGGAAUACGAUGCAGAAAUUGCCGAGACUCUCCAACAGCUCUUCAACCGCAUAAAGUACGUCCGUCUGGACGAGCAUGGGCCGAAACUAGGACCUAUCAACCGAGAGAAUCCUCUGAUCGAAACAUAUUUCACCCGUCUCCCCCAGAAUGAGAUCACUGCCAAGCACAAGAAGGAAGACUUGGUCCUGGUGAACAACGGAUGGGUCUGGGGCGGCAACGCCCUAGUCGACAACGCCGGUCCACAGUCUCGGGUCUAUCUUCGUCGGGAAGUCAUUGUGUGGGGUGAUUGCACCAAGCUUCGGUACGGCAAUGGCCCGGAAGACAGCCCAUGGCUCUGGGAGCAUAUGACCAAGUAUGCGCGGAUGCUGGCCAAGUACUUCGCCGGUUUCCGCAUUGACAACUGCCACUCAACCCCGAUCCAUGUCGCCGAGCAUAUUCUCGAUGAGGCACGACGUGUCCGCCCCAAUCUGUAUGUCGUUGCCGAGCUAUUUACGGGUUCCGAGGAGAUGGACUAUGUCUUCGUGAAGCGUCUUGGCUUGAGCGCGCUCAUCCGGGAGGCUAUGCAGGCAUGGAGUACAGGCGAGCUAAGCCGGCUGGUUCACCGACACGGUGGCCGUCCCAUUGGAAGCUUUGAGGUGGAUGAAAUUCACAGCUCGGAAGUCCGCCACGCAAUGGAAAAUGGCGGUGAUGGCGCAAAUGGCCAUCAGUACAUUCGGGAAAUCAUUCGCCGUAUCAGACCGGUUCCUGUUCAAGCGCUCUUCAUGGACUGCACCCACGAUAAUGAAGUCCCUGCUCAGAAGCGAGACGCCCGCGAUACUUUGCCCAACGCGGCCCUAGUCAGCAUGUGCGCCAGUGCAACCGGGAGUGUCAUGGGAUACGAUGAGAUUUACCCUAGACUGGUAGACCUUGUGGGAGAAACCCGUCUGUAUACAUCAGAGUCGUCCAAGAAUCCUGUGCGUGUGGGAGAAGGCAAGGGAGGGAUCGGCGGUGUGAAGAAGCUGCUCAACCAGAUCCACACCCUGAUGGGCAUGGAUGGUUAUGAUGAGACGCACAUACAUCAUGAAGAUGAAUACGUCACGGUUCACAGGGUUCACCCCAAGUCUAGAAAAGGCUACUUUCUGAUUGCACACACCGCUUUCCCGGGCUACGGAAAUGGGAAUGGAGCCUUUAGCCCUGUCCGCCUCACCGGUACCAAGGCGAAGCAUCUCGGCAGCUGGAUGCUGGAGGUCGAUUCAAGCAAAGAGGCUGUUGACGAGGCGUUGAGCGACAAGAGACACUUGCGCGGGCUCCCAAGCCGUGUCAUUGGGCUUCCUGGAAUCCGCAUGGAGAUAAAGGGGGAUGACACCAUCAUUACGGUCCGUGACAGGUUCCCUCCAGGCAGCAUUGCAUUGUUUGAGACCUGGAUCCCGACAGCAGAGCACUCGAGCGGCUUGGACUCCUUUGUCACAUCUGGAGCCAAAGCUGCAAUGGAAAACCUCAACCUGAUUGACCUUAACUUCUUGUUGUAUAAGUGCGAGCCGGAGGAGCGAGACGCUAGUGAUGGGAAAGAUGGAGUAUACGACAUACCGGGCCACGGAAAGCUUGUUUACGCCGGUUUGCAAGGUUGGUGGAGCGUUCUCAAAGACAUCAUCAAGGACAACAACCUAGCACAUCCUCUUUGCCAAAACCUUCGGGAAGGCCAAUGGAUGCUCGACUACAUCCUAGGCAGGCUUGAGCGUGCCUCUGCCCAGCCACUUUACAGCCGGCUGGCUAAGCCUGCGGCCUGGCUAAAAGAUCGUUUCGAUGCAAUUCGCAGCAUCCCCAGCUUUCUCUUACCACGGUACUUCGGCCUUGUCAUCCGGACUGCUUAUAUGGCAGCCAUGGAGAGAGGGAUUUCCCUCAUGAACACGGACAUCGGCAAAGGGCAGUGGUUCUUGCAAAGUUUGGCCAUGGUCAGCGUUCAGCAGACUGGCCUUGUCAAGUCCGCCUCCCUCUAUCCUGACCGACUAGUGCCAUCGCUUGCCGCUGGGCUUCCCCACUUCGCAGUUGAGUGGGCCCGCUGCUGGGGACGCGAUGUCUUCAUCUCUCUUCGAGGUUUGUACCUUGGCACCGGCCGCUAUGAGGAGGCAAAGGAACACAUCCGGGCCUUUGCCAGCGUUCUCAAGCAUGGCAUGGUCCCAAACCUCCUCGGGAGCGGUAACACCCCGCGCUACAAUGCCCGCGAUUCGGUCUGGUUCUUCCUGCAAUGCAUUCAGGACUACACCCGGAUCGUACCCGGUGGUUUGUCUCUCCUCGACGAAAAGGUCAAGCGGCGGUUUUUGCCGUAUGAUGAUACAUGGUUCCCAACCGAUGAUCCUCGGGCGUACAGCAAGGAGAGCACGAUUCGCGAAAUCAUCCAGGAGGCUUUGCAGCGUCACGCUGAAGGGAUGAAGUUUCGGGAAGCGAACGCUGGGCCGGGCCUCGACAUGCAGAUGAGCGAUGAGGGCUUCAACCAGGAGAUCAAAGUCGACUGGAGCAACGGUUUCGUAUUCGGUGGAAACCAGAGUAAUUGCGGGACCUGGAUGGACAAAAUGGGUGAGAGUGAGCGCGCUGGCUCGAAGGGUGUUCCCGGAACCCCACGUGAUGGCGCCGCCGUCGAGAUUACGGGCCUUCUCUAUAGCGCCCUCAACUGGCUGGCGACCUUGAACGAGAGCGGGAGGUAUGAGCAAGCAGGCGUUCGAAAGACGGACGGUAGCGAGAUUUCGUUCAAGGACUGGGCAAAACUCAUCAAGGACAACUUUGAGCGAUGCUACUUUGUGCCGACUUCUCCUUCCGAAGACGCCAAUUACGACGUCAAUCCUGCGGUGGUCAACCGUCGGGGAAUCUACAAGGACCUCUACCGCUCCGGCAAGGAGUACGAGGACUACCAAUUGCGGCCAAACUUCCCGAUCGCCAUGACGGUUGCCCCGGACCUGUUCGUUCCGGAGCACGCCAUGCACGCGCUGUGCCUGGCCGACAAGGUGCUCCGCGGGCCGACGGGCAUGGCAACGCUCGACCCGAGCGACCUAAACUACCGCCCGUACUACCACAACAGCGAGGACAGCGACGACUUUGCCACCAGCAAGGGUCGCAACUACCACCAGGGCCCGGAGUGGCUGUGGCCCACGGGCUUCUUCCUCCGCGCGCUCCUCAAGUUUGACCUGAUGCGCCGCGGGCGCGACGACGCCGAGGGCCGUACAGAGGCCUUCCAGCAGGUCACGCGCCGGCUGAUCGCCUGCAAGGAAAUGAUCCAGCUCAGCCCCUGGGCGGGCUUGACAGAGUUGACGCAGAAGAAUGGCGAGUACUGUGCGGAUUCGUCCCCUACUCAAGCCUGGUCGGCAGGCUGCCUGAUCGACUUGUACAUGGAUGCGGCGGAGGAACAGGCCAAGCUGGAGGCUCAGGCUCUUCCCUUGAGAUGA